AUGAAACCUNACCUAGUUGGCAAUAUCCUGGUGGUUGUUUCAGAUUUUCUGGUCGAAUCUGAAAGCUUUUGGGGUGAAUAUAUCAAUUUACUGUAUUUCUGCGUGAAAAUUUCAAUUUCUAAUGGUCUUUCCUCUAUGGGACAUACGAUGGAGGUCAAAGACUUGAGGGGGGAUCCAUCACCUUCUCAUUUAUUGAAGCUCAGCCUGAAAAGUGGAAGUUGGUCAACGGCAGCUGUUAUCAUGAGAGUUCUACACAGUAUACUGAAACAGUUGAACCGAGAUCUUAUCGAUCAAAUUUUCAACAUUUACUUGGAGGCUACCACUUCUUUUAUCUCAAAUAUGCCGUGGGAUUUGCUGUCAGAGGUCUACCAUGCUCAAGGGGACUCCAGUCCGGACCAUUUGCCUCAAAUGCAAGAAGCAAAACCUAAGUCAAUCCUAACAUUUCAGGGAUAUCUUCUCCGAUUGCUCUGUUCCUUGGUUAAAAGUGGUUGGACGGACACUGCUGUCAGCACUUCAGUAGAGCAUCCAUUUAUUUGUGAAAUCAAAAACCUACUUCCAAGACUUUUGAUAUCAUGCCUUAGUAAUGAACAGUGCCCUGAUAAUGUUGCCAUCUCUCAAUAUCUUAAACAUAAGAUGUUGAUACUCAUGAUUCGACUUAGUAACCAAAUCCAUUUGGACCCCUCAAUUGUAGUAUCGUGGUUGCAUCUUAUCCACACUUACUUUCAAGAUGUAUUAUUGCAACCUAUGGAUGGGCAGGAGUUUGGUCUAGAUAAAUAUCUCGAAGGUUCUCCAUUUGGGGUAAUGACAUUUGAUAUGGGGAAGAAAUGCAUUUCAUCAAAGCAUUUGCAAAGGCUGGCUAUUUUCUUUUUCCUCAAAUGUUCCUCUAGUUUGAUGAACAUGAAAGAGACGACUGAUCAACAUUAUGCUUGUAAAAAUCUUAAGUCUUGCUCAAGCUUUGAUCUGAAUCCCAAGUGUUGCAGCAGAAGAAAAGCUUUGCUAGAGCUCCACAAGUGGCUCAAAGAGCUUCUCCCUGGUGAUAGUUUUGCUGACCAUGAUAUGUACUCUGAGAAAUGCAUGGACUUCGUCUCAUCCUUCUUGCAGCUAUAUAUGCAAGAGGAUGAUAUACUAUUUGAAAUGCUCUUGCAAAUGUUUUGCUUGCCAUUUUACUCUGAACAAAAGUUUAUUGAUGAAGUGGCUUUCUCAACUGUUGAAGUGAGAGAGUUUUCUCUGAUUUCACACCUUUUUCACCCAAUACAUUUCUUUCACCUAUUCCUGGCUGGAAUACACUAUGAUCAUCAAGUUCUUCUUGAUUAUCUUAUCUCAAAAGACACAGGAGCUAGCUCUGCUGAAUAUCUUUUGAGGUGCCUACGUAAGGUAUGUGAUUCAUGGAACAUAUUUGUGGAAUUUUCAUGGAGCGGAAAAGGUCGAAGCAGAAAGAGAAAAAAGUUUUCAGCAGAUGAUUAUAACUAUAAGGGAGAGAUAUCAGCUGUGCCAAGUUUUGUUAGUGGAGUUAGUUUACCACUUGAAAGCAAAAACCAAAAAGCCCAUGGAUGUUGCGAUGAGGAUUAUGUAACUCAGAUAUCACCAUUUGAGUGUGCAAGGAACUGUCUUUUUUCACUUAAAGCAUCUAUUGAAAGCCUUCACCUAAAGAACCUGUUUCCUUAUAAUCCACAAGUGCUACUACGUCGUUUGAUGCGAUUUCAGGAGCUCUGUGGAAAUCGAACAUAAAAGCUCUCCAGUUGUCCUAUCGCCUUGAAAUCCAUGUUCGAUCUUAUCCUUCCAUGUCAACUUGAAAUUGGCUAAUCGAAGAAAGAUUACAACUUGAAAGGGAGGAUAAGUCUGGACUCAUUGGAGUAAAAUACAGCUGGGAUGUGAAUCCAGUAUUAGCAUUCUUGACUUUUGAGGCGAAUGUUCUGACUUUGACUAUGGAAUGCUUAUCACAUUUCUGGACUGAACGGAUAAAUAUUCUUCAGAUGCCGACAGGUGAUUUUAACAACUUCUCAUCAAGUUCGUCCAGGGAAGCCAAGGUGAAAGGGCUCUUGGAUCUUGUGCAGAUGGCAUAGUACUAAAAGUUUUAAUUCCAGACUGGUGAUAUCUGGGGAAGUUGUUGCAGUUGUUAGUCUUGCCCGUUUAAGCAUGAGUCAGGAUCAUCACAUUGAGGGCUAGACACCUUGUACUGUUUUAAAGUGAACUUAUUUUUAUACUCAGGACUUCUAGUUCUGCGUUUUUUAGGGUCAAUAUUAUUAUUGUUAUUUUUUUAAUCAGGUACGUCUUCGACUGUUUUAAGUUUUUCCGGGUGUGUGACUUCACAUCAACAUUCAACUCUGAUAUUAGAUAACUUUGUUUAUCAGGGUCUAGGCAUAAGAAAAGAAAAUUAUCAAGCAUUUUUGGCUC